AUGUACCUCUGGCACGGCACGAACGUCCGCUCAGCACUCUCCAUUGCGCAGAACGAUUUUCGCAUCGACCUUGCCGGCAGCAGCACAGGCACCAUGUACGGACUGGGUGCCUACUUCGCAGAGCACUGCACCAAAGCAGAUGAGUAUGCGAGUGAUGAGCCUGGUGGCUACUACGACGAAGUUUACGCGCUGCUGCUUUGCCGGGUGUGCCUAGGAAAGUUUUACUAUACGAAGGUGCGGGAUACCGAAGCUGGAUCACAUGUGCGGAGCGGCAGCUUCGACAGCACCGUCGGGGAUCGGCUGACGAGUGCAGAUACAUUCCGGGAGUUCGUGUUGUACAACUCUGACGCCAUCUAUCCCGAGUACGUCGUCCUGUACACGCGGGUCUUUGCUUCAGAUCCCCCAAGCAAGGUUGCAAGGCUCACCGCAGAUCUGUAUCACUUGCAGCUGCCUGUAUACUGGGCCAACUGUCACAAAGACCCUGCUCGCGAGCCAUUUCAUGACCAGUUCUUGGUCGCACAGUACACAGUCCUUCUGCUUCAGGAGUUGGCGACCGCGUGCUUCAAGGGCAAGACGGGCACAGUUGAAAUCGUUCGUGCCAAGCGUGUCGAGAACUCAGUAACCUGGCAGAAAUAUGUCGCGUACAAGAAGAAAUUGCAACAACAGAUGCAAGGGCUGGCGGUUGACAGACCUGAGCGGCCGUUCCUGACAGCUCGCGACCUGGAUAGCACACAUGGAGGGGAGAUUCUGACGUUCAGCUUCCUCAACAGCCGGGACUCCACCGAAGAGUGCGUGUCCAUCACGAACUUGGAGGAGCCAUUGAACGAGCACCUGCUCUGGCACGGCACUUCCAAAGAAGCUGCCGAGAAGAUCGCCGAGAGCGACUUCAAGAUUCCCGUUGGGAAAGACAUGAAGCACGCAGCCCGCUUUGGAAACGGCGCCUAUCUAGCUGAGGACUUGGAGAAGUCCCUCACCUACGCGGAGCCCACAAGUGAUGGCAACCGCGUUGUCCUCCUUUGCAGAACGCUCUGUGGCGAUUUCUACUACACAGAGAGCCACACAGAAAUCAAUGCUGCGCAGAAACGUGAAGCUCAGAGCAAGCACUCAGUCCUGGCCAAUCCUCUGGGGCAAGGGCCGCGAGAGUUCAUUGUGCCGAGUUCGGACCAGGUGUACCCCGAGUUCAUUCUGGAACUCAAAGUGACAGACUGGGAGCCACCUCCUCCCGCACCAACGGCCAGCAAGAGCAAAGCCAUGGUCAGAGGAUUGCAGGGUUUAGGGUUUAGGGUUUAG